AUGGAUGAUGAGACAACAGGCGAUGAUGAUAAAAAACAUGAAUUACUAUUAAGAUUAAGACAUUUUCAACAACAACAAACAGGUAGGAUAAUGCAGCGUGAUGAUAAUCAAAAGAACAUCCUAUGACUCAAAGUCCGGGUGUGAUGGAACUAUCUCCAUUUGUCCCAGAAUUUCCUUUUGUUGUACCUGUGAAAUAAGAAAAUUUGAUAUUGAUUAUGCCUUGCCUCUAACUGUUCCUUUUUUGUCAAAUUUUGAUUUUUCAUUAUUGUCAGAUAUCUGUAACGAAUGGUACUCGUUCCCUAUUCUAUCCACGCGUUUUUUUUCUUGGAAAGCCCUAGAUGUUGCCACUACUAAUUCUCCUUCGACUUUUCCUUAUAACUUGAAUGUUCUCUUAUUUAACUUUAGAGGACUGGAUGUACGUUGGCAUGAAGUACUUCUUGUAUUUGAAAUAGUCAAAAUGGAAUGAAUGAUUCUUUUAGAAAUACCCUAGUAGAAUCCGCGCUUCAUUGCGCGUCGCGAAGCCAUAGUAAUCUUGUCACGAUCUUGCCGCGCAAUACCCAAUUUGAAUCGCGAUCGCUAUCGCGGACGCACAUAUUCGUGAAUUUUGCGCG